AUGGCAGAAAUUACAGAAGCCGAGAGCCCCACUGAUGCUGCACAAGAUGUCCUGGCGAGGAGCCACAGAUAUUUUAAAAGGUUCUGGAAGCAGCUGGAGCGCAGGCUAUAUCUACCUGCCCCACCACACAGUACUGACCUUCCUGAGCAGACACUACAGCCAAACCGGUGGUCAUCGGCCCAGCGCCAUGGCGCCCGAUCAACGCCACCGAAGGUGAAGAAGCCUCGCUUCCCGCCGGGCCAUCCACACACACGGCUCAGGCAAAUCAAUAAAAGCAAGCAGCACAGAGGAGAUCCUUACGCGGCAACACAAAGUACAAAGCAGAAACUCUGGCGCAAGCGGCAAUACCUCGGUCUUAACCCGUUUGGAGAAAAGACCCUGCUGCAGCGCAAGGGAUACCCUGUGAGGGAACCAAAACGUAAUCCCUUAGACAUCGGCAAGGCCCGGUGUGUGAAGCCCAGACCCUCCAGACGAUCCAGUACGCACCAGCAAACACCAACUAUACCGCACCUGUCGCCUGACGGGCCACUGGCAACCCUGCAUGAACUGUCUUCACAUGGAAGCUUACAGCCCAGCCAGGGAAUUGGUUGA